CCCCUUAUCCUCUUCGCAUCCUGCUGCCUCUGAUCAUCUCCAAUCGAGGAAAUCUGAACAGCAGCAAAGCACCUUCCUGAGUGAUGGGAUCGUCAGCUGGAGCCAUUGAAUCCGAUGACACCAAGGUUUGCCCUCGCGGGCACUGGAGACCUGGCGAAGACGAGAAGCUGAGGCAGCUUGUCGAGCAGUACGGUCCUCAGAACUGGAACUCAAUCGCUGAGAAGCUGCAAGGAAGAUCAGGAAAGAGCUGUAGGUUGAGGUGGUUUAACCAACUAGACCCGAGAAUUAACAAGAGACCAUUCACGGAGGAAGAGGAAGAGAGGCUCCUCACAGCUCAUCGCAUUCAUGGAAAUAAGUGGGCGUUGAUAUCCCGACUUUUCCCUGGGAGGACCGAUAAUGCUGUGAAGAACCAUUGGCAUGUGAUCAUGGCUCGACGGCACAGAGAGCGAUCGAGGCUCUUUGGCAAGAGAAGUUGUCAGGAUCACAUCCUCAGCAGCUCCGAUCGUACUGCGAAUGGCCUUUUUGCUUCAUGCUCAGCUCCUCAAGAGGGAAGCAACUCAAAUCACAUCCAGUUUAAUGCUUGUAGACUCUUUGAGUUUGGAAGCUCCACCAGUGAUAGGUUCCCUGCGUCACCUUCAAGCUUAUCACUUCCUUGGGCCUUCUCUGGAUCGAAUAUCUCCUCAUCACGUCAAAUUUUUGGCGCUCAGAGAAGGAACUUCUAUAGUCCUAAAUAUAAUUAUGAUGUUCUCCAGAGAUCCCAUUUCCAUGACCAGUCCCUUCGCCCUUCUCAUCAUACUUACAGGAGUUUCAAUGCAUUGUGCGACGCAGGCUACACCCGGGUGGUUCCUCAUUCUAUCAGAUUCUCCGGCACAAGCGAUGGUUGUGGAAGUGAGGUAGUGAGUGCAAGUGAAUUAAUUAGACUUGGGGAUUCUUCAGCUAGAGCAAUGAACCGUAGAACUGAUAAUAACCAGCAAGAUGAUGGCGACGAGUCCUUGAAACGCAAGCAUAUUCCCUUUAUCGAUUUCUUGGGUGUUGGGAUCUCCUCUUGAAUUCAAAAAUUAUCGCAGAUCUGCAUACUUGGAGUUAGGUUAGAUAGCUAAAUUAGGAGAGAGAACCAUGUUGGCAAUGGUUUUUGUUUGCAGUGUGUUGGUAUCAUGAAAUUUUCAUGGUUCUAUCACAAGCUAAUAUUUAUUCUGAACUAUCAAAACUUCCAGUUCAUUAAUUUAUCGAUGCUUUUGAUCUUGUUGAUUUGAUCAU